AUGUUAAGUCGUAUUAUUAUACGAUUUGUAACAAAUUUAAAACGUUUUCGUUUACAAUAUGAUUCUCCAUCAGUAUCAAAUGAAAAGAUUUGUCGAGCAUUUGUUAUCUCAUCGAAUCAAUAUGGCUCAUUUCGUCCAACGCAUUUACCACCGCCAUUACUUUAUCGUUCUGAUAGUCUUUUUUCACAUUGUGAUUUUAUGGUAAAUAACGAACAAACAAUAUCUCAGAAAGCUCUUAAUAUUAAUUCACAAACAAAUACAACUAAUCCUAGUUUAUUAGAAUAUUAUUUAAAAACUUAUAAUCCAUUACAAAUUGAUUUAAAAAGUAAUAAUGACGACAUCGUUACAACAUCAAUUAUUAAAGAUCAAUCUUAUGAAGAAGCACCAAGUGAUACUGAUACACGUCCAAUAGCAAACUGUUAUGCUCUUAAUUGUACAAACAAACGAAAAAUAUAUGGUGGUAGACAAUAUACUCGUCUUAAAGAACAAGAAAAUUGCUCGGCAACUAUGAGUACUACUGAUGAUCGACUUUCUGAAUGUAGUACAAAAUUAACUAGCAUCACAUUGCCUACAGUUAUGAUUACAGAUUGUUCUGAUAGUCAACGAUUACAUACAGAUAUCAUUGAACUUAAUGAAGAUGAGAAGGACAAAUAA